UUAGACAUGGAGGAGAUGGAAUACUGGGCAGCACUCGGUGAUGAUGAAGUUGAAGCUGAGGAAGAGGCAGUGGAGAAAAAGAGGAUAAAGAUUGUUCGCAAGUGUCAAAUUGCACUGCACCACAUUAAAAUUGUCAUAAUCAUCUCAAUGCUCAUGCAUUCUCAGAGUCAAAAAUGUAAUGCUCUGGCAGCAGUCAAUGGACUUUUCUUCCAUUCAUGCAAUACUCCUGAUAAGGUCAUCAAAGCUCUUGCUCAUAUGGGCAUAUCAAUUUCUCCAUAUGCUAUCGGAACUGCUGUCCAUUCUCUGUCUCGGCAGAGUGCAGAGGCUAUACAAGAAAUUGGUCAAUCAUUACUAGCUGCAUACAGCUAUGAUAACUUUGACAUCAACCUGCCUAUGAAGACACCGAGAAUCGAAAAGUCCUCCGAGACAUUGCUGCACUUGACUUCCAGUGACAUACUUCUACUUGAUCAUGGGGUGAUGAAGGAGGACCUACAUUGCUCACAAGAGCUUUGGGAGAGGUCACCAUUAAAUUUCACAUUGUCCUCAAUGUCAAUUCCACGCUAUGAUUUUGACAAUCUUCUUAAAUUGCAUCCUGAGAGCGCACAUCUAUCAAACCUGACAUGGUGA